CCGGAGCUGCUGCUCCGCGUGCUGGCGCUGCUGGACGUGGCGUCCCUGUGCGCCGCCACGCGCUCCUGCAGGGCGCUGUGGCAGCUGGGCGCCGACGCCAGCCUCUGGCGCCGCAUGUCGCUGACGGUGUGCUCGCGGCCCUGGCCGUCGCGGCCGCCCGCCGCCCUGCGCACCCUGCGGCUGUGCAGCUACCGCUGGCCGUCGUCGCGCCACGCCCGCCGCGAGAUGGCCUGGCUGGCCGAGGGGCUGCGGCCCGCCAAGCCCGCCAAGCCCGAGCACUCCGCCCAGCCCGCCGUGCAGCGCCUGGAGCUGGUGGGCCGCCACCUGGACCGCGAGACGCUGCGCGCCUGCUUCGCCAUGUGCUCGGGCGUGCGUGAGCUCAGCCUCCACGACGUGCACGUGCACGACGCGUGGAUGGCCGAGCUGGCCAGCCUGAGCGAGCUGGAGGUGCUGCACCUCGACUGGCACGCGGAAAUGAGCUGCCAGCAGAUGCUGCAGCUGGCCACCGUCUGCCCGUCGCUGCGCAUCAUCGACACGGCGGGGUGCCCGCAGGACUGCCACACUGGACGCGGCGGGCGCGGGCGCGUGCUGCAGGACGCCCUGCGGGUGCUGCGGGUCGACCUCGACGUGGCCUAGCAGGCCGAGUCCGCCUACUCCGCCGCGGCGUGACGUCACGUGAUCUGUGACGUCGGAUUAGACCUCCCUCCCGCAUCCAAGCGAUGCAUACCGACGCCGACGGCCAUGCCUCGACUCAAGGCAGGGCCGCCGGGAUCAGUGUGCUGACUGCUGACCCACUUUGGACGCGUCGGUGACGCCACAGGCCGAGCCGGGCCGCCGGCAGAGACGUCGACGUCACAGCGUCGUCGUCGAUCGCCGCCGCACCGUAAGGACGACGCCCCCUCGGCGCCCCAGUCUCUCUCCCUCUCUCUCGCACUCAUGGCGCGGCCCGGAGGGUGCGAGAGAGACAGAAGCGCCGCGCAGCCCGCCGGCCGGUCCGCUUCAUUGAGUCCGGCCCAUUCCUCUCUCGUCCGCAGAUACACCAUGGGGAAAACCGGGCGACGGGUCCACCUCGCCAGCGGACGUCCAUCAAGUCCCUGUUUUACGCAUUGACAACGAUGUUAUUCUCUUAUCUUGUGAUAUGGUUUGCUGUGUUCGUUAAUUUUAAAUAAUAAAAUGUCUAUUUUUUUCUA